CACCUCUUUUACUCCCCCCUUCUCCACCACCCCGGAUUAUUUGCUCUCAAGUGGCCUCUGCUGGCCAGAGAGCACCCCAUCCGCUUCAUCAUGAGUCUCGCACGUCCGGCCCGAUGCCUCUUCUGCAGCUUCUCGCGUGCGGCCUCCGCCGGCCCUCGCGUGCCUAGUCGCCAGUUCCACCUGUCGUCGAUACAGCUCUCCGAUCGGAAACCGAAGGUCCCUGAAGUCAACAAGGCCCCCGAGGGAAAGACUCUGGAUGAAAUUUACCGGGAGGUGAAGCUUGACGACUUCAAGCAAUACACCGAGGAGGAAAAGGCCGCCCUCCGGGAACAUUACACGCCCGAACAGAUCGCCGCCAUUGAGGCCGGUGAGAAGACCAUUGACCCGAAAGACCUGGCUGAACAGUUCCGUCUCCGUCGGGAUCCCAUGAGGUUGAAGUAUCUCGAUGAUUUCUCGGUCAUUGAGCCCGGCGUCGACAAGCACAUUCGCGCCCCCAAGACCAACUCCGACUACAACGCGACAUUCAAGACCGAGGAUGAUUUCAUGGAAGACUUCGCCCGCUUCUUUGCCGAAUCAUCGGAGGACCCCCAGCCGGCAGACUUCGUACGAUUCCUCGAGACCAACCGGGUGACCCACGGCAAGGAGGAGAACGAGCUCAACGGACACAGCGCGCUCUCGCCCAAUUUCUUGAAAGACGGAGAAACCUUGGAACAUAUGGGUGACGAGAUAGUUCCGAGGCCGCAAUACCGGACCAGAUUUGGAGAACUCACAUAUCUGAACCCCGAAGAACCCAACGAGGCGGAGAAGAGACUUUUCCAGGUCACGGGCUACGGUAGAGAGUACAUCAAGUCCCUGUACAUCAAGGACCUCGUUAUUCGCCGUGUCAGCAACCAGACUCGACUGGGUAAGGUCCCGAGUAUGUCCGUCGUCACGGUCGCCGGUAACCAGAAUGGUCUCAUGGGAAUUGGAAUUGCCAAGUCCGAUGAAAUCGUCGAUGCCUGCCAACAAGCUCGCGCUCGUGCUGUAAAGAACAUGCAACCUGUUCCGCGCUACGAGAAGCGGACCAUCUUCGGUGACGUCGAGGGCAAGGUCGGAGCUGUGGAGUUGAAGUUGAUGCACCGUCCUCCAGGCUUCGGUCUCCGCUGCCAGCACCUGAUCUUCGAAAUGUGCCGCGCGGCCGGUAUCCACGAUAUCGCCGCCCGGGUCAACCGGUCCAGAAACCCCAUGAACACAGUCAAGGCCGCCUACGAGGCGCUCAUGAGCCAGCGCAACCCCGAGGAUAUUGCCCGUGCCCGGGGUAAGAAGAUGGUCGAUGUACGGGGAGUGUACUACUCUGGCAAGGGCGUUCUAAGCCGUCGUGAGCGGCGAACAGCUUGAGGUUUGGGUUUGAAAGAAAGAUAUAUCUCUCUGAACACAACACUGCAUACAGACAGCAGACAUGUUCAUUUGCGUCAUGGGCGGUGUAUAUAAUGUUUUCUUCUUUUUUUCUUUUCUAUUCUGUUCAUCUUGUAUUACAGUCUAAACAUGUAUUUGUAUCCAGCAUCAAGCAAUACUCAAUCAACAAAUC